AAUUGGUCGUUUAGUCCGAAUGAAGUGCCUUUCAGUUCUUUCCCUUUGCUUUUGAUGAGUUCUUUGUGUUUGAAGUGUUCGAACUUGGCGAUAAUUGGAGGAGGUUUUUUAUUGUCUUUGGAAGUGAGACGGUGUACACGGUGGAAGGUAAUCUUGUCAACUGUUUCUGGCGGUAGUUUGAGAGAUGACUGCAAGAAUUCUUUAAAUGCUUUCUCUGGGUCGUCGGGUGUAUCUUUAGAAGUUGGCAGGGGAAUUCCGGAAAAAAUGAGGUUAUCGCGCAUGCUGCGGCACUGGAGGUCUAGGAUUGUUUCUUUCAUGAUCCGAUUUUUGCUGCUUAUUGAGAAGCUCUACGAGGGGAAUUUUACCCUUGACGGUGAGAGAAAGUUCUUCGACAAAAACGGUGACUUUGAAGAUGGUUAUGAUGUUGUCAUGUUGGUACCCGCUGGUGAGAUUAGACAGGCUAAAGUAUUUGGGAGAUUCGCUUUACCACAGGGAAAAGUUGUCAUCACAGAGAAAAAUAUCAUGUGGACUUCGACCCUCAACAGCACACGGGGAAGUGUUGCUGGAGGAGGCCAACAGCUGACGAGGGGCUACACAUUGGGAGAGGUGUGUGGACAGCGACGGGUGAUCCGAUUAACAUCUUGGACCUGCGACGAACAGCACGUGAUCUAUUCCGAGGAAAAGGGAAGUCCUUCUUCUUAAUCGCUUGAUAUUUAGCUCGUAACCUCUGCCUAUUGCUCGGUGAAGGCGACGACUAAGCCACUGUUUGUUUGUUCCGCUUUAGCCGUGAGGGCGGAGCCUGAACCACUACGCCUGCAGCCGUCGACAAGGGAGCGUUCGCUGAGGCCGGAACUGCACAACGCGGCCCAUUGUCCUCACUGGAGGCUGGACUGUUAACUUGGGUUGGUGGCCUAAAUUGACUAAACAUUGUAUUUGGCUGCCCCGAGCUUGGACUGUUUCUUUUAUACUGGUCGGUGGGGACAGCCGACCAGUACGGACAAUUUUUACUAAGGGACUGUGGGGAGGGGACUUGUGGGCUACUGGGGGGUGUUUCAGAACCAGCUGCUGCCUAGGUUGGGGGCUUCCCCAUCCCCCCCCCCCUUUUGUGUGGAUUGUGUCACUAGUGUGCAUUGCUAUUUGAACUAAGUUGGCUGAAUUUGAACUGAUUGUGUGAUUAUUGCUGUGAUCUCCUGAAGUGUCUCCUGUGGGUGAAUGCACUGUGUGUGUGUGGGGGGGUGUUCAACCUGCCUAGCCUAGUGACUGUUAGCCGGGUGUGUGACUGCCCCUAGUGGUGCCAUUUUCUAUCAGUCUGCUGACCUCCAGUCCUGUGUGCCUUUGUAUAAAUAAAUAAAAUAACAAUCUAAAUUAAA